GUGGAUCGAUUUCUUUUAGGUGUAACAUUCAUAUACUAAAAGUGAUUAUGGUAAACUGUGCCAAAAUUAAUAUGUGGAUAAUUUACAAGAUUUCAAAAACGAUACUGCUGAUGACAAUUGUGGGCGCGAUUAACAAUGCCGCUGAAAACUACAAUGAACAACCACAAUUUCAAACUGAUAGCGGAAAAUUAAUUAUUCGAUCAGUACCAUCCCGAAAUAUAACAUUUCGCGUGAAAGGUGAAGGAUGUAUUUUCAUUAAUUCAGUUGAUAUACUCAAUCUUGUGAAAAAUAAAGAUGAAAAGCUACGCCCACUUAAUCAGGAUGUGUUAACUACAAAGAGCGUUCGGUCACUCUUGGAAUCGUUCAAAGAAGAUUUGCACAUUCUAGGAGCACGAUUCUCAUUUUUACAAAAUCGGACCAGAGGCCGCGCACAGACAUUAAAUAUCCGUCGUAGUUUGGGGAGGGUACGGCGAGUUCUUAGCCGUGCCACGCAAAUCGAAAAUAAUCUGAUAAUAAAUGAGUGCCAGGACGUAGACGGAAACUCUACCCGAUGUAAGAAUAGCGGUACUUGUUACGACGGCUACAAAGAUUUCCACUGUGAAUGCCCAAACGGAUGGACGGGAAAAACAUGUGAGGAGGACAUAGACGAAUGUUACAUACUGGCUGGUACAGAUUUGGGAUGCCAAAACAACGGAGACUGUGUUAAUACCCCUGGAAGUUACAGCUGCUCGUGCCGCAAUGGUUUUUAUGGCUCUCACUGCCGAAUGCGCAAGGCCAGUUGCGAGGAGGCCGCCAGUGGAGAAUUAUGUGGCCAUGGAACUUGCGUUCAAGCGAAUAAUGAUGCUGGAUACGCUUGCAUUUGCGAUCAGGGGUGGAGCAAAAAUCAAGUGGUUCCAGAAGCCGUAUGCAAUAUUGACGUAAACGAGUGUAAUGAUACAACUAAUCCAUGCCACAGUGAAUGCACAAAUUUACCAGGUAGUUUUAAGUGCAAUCCAUGCCCGACUGGCUACACCGGAAAUGGAAUUUCUUGCUCAGAUAUUGAUGAGUGCUCUAUUAAUAAUGGCGGCUGCAGUAUACAACCUAAAGUGUCAUGUAUUAAUACUGAGGGAUCAUACCAUUGUAGCAGCUGCCCCGCGGGUUGGGAAGGUAAUGGUAAACUUUGUGAGAGCAACGCACCCGAAAGUUGCGAAUCCAAUAAUGUAUGCUAUGACAAAGCGAAAUGCGAUUACGUAUCAAAUACUGUUGUAUGCACCUGCCCUCCCGGUAUGUACGGUCAUGGGUUUGGUGUCGAAGGUUGCAGUGUAUCAACGUCAACAAAUCUCUGCGCAAAUCAUACUUGUCAGAAUAACGGUACGUGCGAAGUGCUAGGUGGUGGCACGCGAUGCAUCUGUACUCACGGAUAUAUGGGUCCCACAUGUGAUCAACCGGAUGCCUGCCACUCUAAACCGUGUCUCAAUGGUGGAACUUGCACUCUGACGAUAAGCAAUAAAUACCGAUGUGCAUGCCCUCGCGGUACAACCGGCCCGGACUGUGAAAUCGUUCGAAAUAUUUGUGGAUCGAUAAUUCGACAACCUUCUGGAUCUUUGUCAUAUCCACCUGAUGAGAGCAGUUAUUUGCCGAACGAACGAUGCGCAUGGAUAAUUCGCACCGAUGAAGCACUCAUUUUGAAUAUAACACUUGUUAGGUUUGAUUUGGAAGCAUCUUCAGACUGUAACAAAGAUUGGCUUCAACUCCAUGACGGUCGAUCGCUGGCUUCUCGGCUAAUAGGUCGCUUUUGUGGUAGUUCUUUGCCUUUGGGCGGAAAUAUACAAACUUCACAGAACGCCUUGUUUUUCUGGUUUCGGUCGGAUAAUGAGACAAAUGGAGCCGGAUUUAAUAUUACGUGGAGAUCAUCGGUUUAUAUUUGUGGAGGAGUGGUAGAUUUAGAAGGAGAGGCAAAUGGAAUAAUACGAUCUCCAGGUUAUCCGGGAAAAACACCACCAAAUCGAGAUUGUGAAUGGCAACUUAAGGCUCCUUUCGGCCAGAGGCUUUUGUUAAGAUUUUUCGAUAUUAACUUAGGUAGUGCCAGAGACAAUAACUGUACCCGAGAUACAUUAAAGGUCUAUGAUUCCGAUCUCUUAUUAAGAUCCGUGUGUGAACCUUCACUCAUCGAGCCAAUACACUCUUCGUCAAACACCAUCCACUUACAACUUCAUACAGAUUCUUUCGGAAUAGACAGCUCUUUUCAAUUGCAUUAUGAAGUUGUGCCGAGUGCACCCAACUGUGGCGGCGUCUUCACGGAACCAUCAGGGACCAUUGCAGGCUACAUCAAUGGACGUGUAUGCUCGUAUUUAAUACGUCAACCAAUCGACACUAAAAUUAAGUUGGAAUUCACAGACUUUCAUCUGCUAAGGUCUGAAAGUUGUUUCUUACAAAAAGUCGAAGUUUUUGACGGAGCUUCCGAUGAUAGCAACCUCUUAAAGCGUCUUUGUGGCAAUCAAAAGGAACUCGAGCCUAUAACAUCUAGAGGCAACGUCAUACUAAUACGUUACGAAUAUGUUUUGCCAUCAAUUAACUUACCUAUGAAAUUCGAGUUGAAAUAUACAAGAGUUUGCGACAGUGAACUAGACAGCGCUGAUGAUGGCAUUUUCACAACACCAAACUACCCCAAUUCCUAUUAUGAACACAUGGAAUGUACUUUUACCAUACGUGGACCUGUGAACUCCGUUGUACACAUAAAUUUUACUGAUUUUUCGAUAAGCAAAAAAGAUGACAGUCCUGAAUUUGGUAGCCCCUCCUCUAAGGCACUGGAUAAUUCUACACCCAUAACUGGCGGCGAAAGUUUUGUUGAUGUAUAUGUAUCGAAAGAUAUUAGACAGCGAUAUUAUGAAGGUACAUACCUUCAUCUUGUAUCGGAGAAAAAUGUGAUGCGUGUAACAUUUCAUGGAGGUACAAAUCAACAAAAAGCCCGCGGAAUUCGUGUUGAAUACUAUUUUCAGGAAAUGAAAUGUGGAGGUGUUCUCACUGGAGAAAGCGGUCAUUUUUCUCAUGAAGGUGUAGCAGGGCCUUCGGAGGAGAACUGUGAAUGGAUUAUCGAAGCGUCAAAAGGAAAAAAUAUUCAACUAAAUUUACACUUGUGGCGUUGGAAUAUUAUUAAAUGCAGUCAAGAAGAUGUAGAUGUUGAUGUAUAUUCAAAUGAUACCUCCACCGGUUCGCAACUUUUAUUAAGUUCUUGUGGUCAAAUCAAAGAAAUCAAUGAGACAUUUCAUGUUAAUACAAUGACUGUAUUCUUGCAUUUGAGGCGCAAUAUAAACACCAUGUUAGAAAUCACCGCAAGCUUUAAACUAGUUGAUAACAAAGAAGCCUGCGGCGGAAAUUUCACGGCGCGUUAUGGGGUUAUCAAAACCCCAUCUUGGCCAAAACUUUACGACAACUCAAUGGAUUGUACUUGGACAAUUAACGCUCCUAUGGGUCGUAAAAUUGAGCUUGCCAUACAAAAUUUUAGUGUGGAAACUACUUCUAAAAAUUGCCACGAUGACUAUUUGGAAAUACGAAAUGGUGGGAGUGCAACAUCACCUUUAAUUGGUAAAUACUGUGGAAGUAGUAUACCAGCACGCGUACCAUCCUUUGCAAACCAUCUUUAUUUGCAUUUUGUGUCUGACUCGCGCAUCUCCGACGCAGGAUUUUACAUUAUAUGGCAGCAAACGGAGACGGGUUGUGGAGGUAAACUUAACUCGUACCAGGGUUCAAUACAUUCGCCACAUAAUGAUGAUGUUAGCGCCGGCACAGUAUCGUGUGAUUGGCAAAUAACGGUUUCUCAUGGUUCUACAAUUAAAAUUAAUAUUACAAGCUUUGAGGAGCGCUCGUAUUUAUGCGGUCAGAAUUUUCUAAAGGUAUAUGACGGAAUAACCGUUAACAGUCCUCAAAUUGAUUUCACGUGUGGGAACAACAAAAAUAAAGUUCAACUAAAAACUUCAGCAAAUCAGGCUUUAAUAAUUUAUAAUUUCGCCGAUAACGAAGUUGAAAGUGGAUUGCGGUUCUUCAUCGAUUACGAGAGCAAUUGUAAUGUCAAGCUUGAUAACUUACGUGGUGUGAUUGAGUCGCCGAACUUCCCUGAUAAUUACCCUCCAAAUCUGAAUUGUUUCUGGGAUAUACAAAGCGGGAAAAAAAACAAAUUUCAAAUAAUAUUUUCCCAUUUGGACAUUGAAAUUCGAGACCAAUCUUGCGAUUUUGACUAUUUGGAUAUCUUUGAUUUACAAAACGACGACGUACUCUCCAAACAGCACUUAUGUUCGAAUCCCCGCAAAGCUAUAAUUACGGAAGGUAAUCGAUUCCAAAUAAAAUUUGUCACCGAUUACUCUGAACAUGCAAAGGGGUUUCGCCUGGAAUAUAAGAGGAUUGGUUGUGGGGAACAUUUAUCGGGAAAUUAUGGCGUUAUAAAGACGCCUAAUGCCCCUUACAGCAUUGACAUGAGUUGUGAUUGGUACAUCGAGGUUGCAGCUGGCAAAAAAGUUGUCCUUAACUUUGAUGAUAUUCACAUCGAAUCUGCACGAGAUGACUGCACUGAGGAUGGUAUUAUUGUUUCAGAGGAAAAAAAUUCUACCAAUUAUCUUCUAAGGGAGUGUCGAAUAGAUCAAGUGCCUGUUACCAUUACAUCACAAGCGAAUCACUUAUACGUUCAUUUUUAUACAAGUAGUUUUCGCUCAAGAAAAUAUAUUUCCGGAACUUAUAAUGCACGAGACUCCUCUUGUGGUGGCAUUUUCCGUGGCAACAGUGGCCAUAUAUCAUAUCCGCCGCAUGUCGAUGCAUCUAGUCUCAAUUUGGAGUGUGUAUGGCUAAUCAAUGUUGAGAGUAGUUACGCAAUGAAUAUAGUAUUCGAGCACUUCAAUAUAAGCUGCGAUGAUACAUUUUUGGGGUUUUUCAAAGUGAUUGACGAUUCCGAGGAACUCAUAGAAAAGACUUGUGGCGAUACAUUGCCAACAAGUAGAAUGAUUCAGGGCAAUAGUCUGAAAGUUAUAUACAAAAGGAGCGCCGCUGGAUGGGGAUCAUUUUCAUUUAAAUUCAAAAAGACUUGUGGAGGAUAUCUGAAGGACUCUUACGGUUAUCUGAAGUCUCGAUUAGAGGAAGAUUGCGUAUGGAAAAUUGACUCCGAAGGCACACAAAUUUUCUUGGAUAUAUUACAAUUAGAGUGUUUCUGCUCAAAGGCGUCUAAUUGUAAAAAUGGUUUGAGACUAAUAAAUGGAAAUGAUAAAAGCGCGCUAAACCAGUUUUGCGAAAAUCAUAGAUCCAACAUCGUUUUGCCCACAAACUCUUUGGAAGUACACGCUUCGCAAAUCGAAUUUACGGCCAAAUAUAGCGUAACACAAAAUUCUUGCGGAGGCAUACUUACGUCUUUGCGGGGCAUAUUGACCUCCCCUCUCUACCCGCAAUCUUAUCCAUCUAAUGUAGAAUGUGUGUGGGAAAUUAAAGCUGCGGCUGGCAAUAAUAUAGAGUUGGAUGUCCAAGAAUUGGAUAUCAGAUCUUCAGAGAACUGCAACCAAGAUUUUCUAGAGGUACGUCAGGACAAUGAACGUGGUAGGAUGCUUCGUUUAUAUUGCUCCAACGAUACAGGGACGGACAAAAUAGUCACAUUUGAGAAAAUGUGGAUCAAGUUCCGUACUAUUGUAGGAAGCACAGGCGCUGGGUUCAAGUUGGCAUGGAAUUAUGUACACAACAAUGAACUAAACAACACCUUUGGUUUUAUCGAAUCGCCACCUUUAAUUUCCGCUCGUAACGACGAGGCUUAUACCUGGAGAAUUCUACAGAGCAGGGGGAAUUUUAUUUGCAUCAACUUUAAAGAGUAUAACGGCGGCUUGAAGCUGUAUGAUGGUUUUGAUGACACGGCUUUGGAAAUACCUAUCCAAUUAUCGCCUUGGCAAUAUACAUCCAGUAGCAACGUUUUGUAUUUAGUCAGUUGUAAUAGUGAGCUAGAGCCUUUCAAAAUCGAUUGGAAAACUGUCAAUAACAGUGUCACACAAACCAAUCUGUCCAGAAGUGAUUGCGCUAAGACUUUUGUCUUAAAUUAUAACAACCGCCUUAAUAUUUCUUCGCCUGGGUAUCCAAAUGGCUAUGCUAAUGACUUGGACUGUACAUGGAUCAUAAAACCAGAAGAUGCUACCGAGCAUAUUUUGCUGAGUUUAUAUGAGGUUAAACUUGAGGCUUACGGGGAAUCAGAUUAUUUGCGUAUCCUAACAUCUCAUAAUUUAAGAGAUUGGCAUAAGGAAUUGGAUAUUUCUGAUAGCAAAGACAUGUCUAUUAGUCCUGUUAAAGUUGUUGAAGGCACGCCUUAUUUAAAACUUGUACUACAUACGGAUUCCAGUGUUAAUCGCACGGGAUUCACUUCGUUGGCAAAGACUGUUUGCGGUUCUAACAUGACCGGGCUUACAGGACAUAUAUUGGCGAAAAAUGUAAUGCGCUCCCGGAGCUCGAACUCCUAUUGUAUAUGGCAUAUUGAAGUCCCUACUGGUAAAAGGAUCGCCCUUACUUUUGAUUUCGGAAAAAAUUUUGUGCCCACAUCUCAAACUUGCCGACAAUAUGCGGUAGUUUACGACGGAUUCGAUGACAAUGCGCGAAUAUUAUCGCCUGGGCGCAUAUGCAACCAAGCAGGUCGUAACGUUAAAAGCUUAGAAUCUUCAACUAGCCGCUUAACCAUUAAAUAUAAUCUAAACUGGACCAAUGCGUUUGAGAAAGAUUUUGACUUCAAUCUGACUUAUCAACAAGUCGGUGAUUGUGAUACCCAAUUACAACUAACACAUUAUCUAAGAUCAGCUAACAUUAGCUCGCCUAAUUAUCCCAACGUACCCAAUCCACACACAGAGUGCAAUUGGAUUAUAAUAGGUCCUGUGGGCGAAACGUUGCAAGCUGAAUUUUUGGACCAUUUCAGUAUGAAUACUCGGUUUUGUGACAAAGAAUUCAUAGAAAUUUUUGAUGGCUCGACUGAGUUGUCACGAAGUUUGGGACAUUUCUGCACAAAGCCCAAUGUAAUUCGAUCUACCGGAAAUAUUCUUCGUUUUCAUUAUUUAACCGAUAUAAGCGAGCCUCGGAGUGGCUUUCUUUUGAAUGUAUCUAUUUCCAGCUGUGGCGGUACCUAUACAGAUGUAGCUGGGGACAUUACAUCACAUGGUUACCCGGCGCUUGGGUCCUAUCCAAAGCCAGCCGUUUGCGAUUAUACUAUAAAAAUGCCCUACAGAUCACGAAUGCGGUUAAAUUUCAGUGACAUUGAUUUGCCAUACAAAAAUAAUAAUUUGAAUCGGUCAGAUCGUAUAGAAGUUGUCACGAUAAGCGAUAAUCCUGAAAUAAUAACGGUUUUAUACGGAAAUUUCACAACAAUGCCAGUAUUAGAAAUUGAUACAAAUGCAGUAACGCUGCGCUUUAUAACUUUCCAAGAAAGCAAUUUGUAUCGGGGAUUUAAGUUAAGAUUCCAGCGUUUAUAUGGUCUUUGUUUCCGCGAGGUUGAAAACGAUGCUGGUGUAUUGUCAUUGAACAUGCUUGAUCGGGUCCCAAUUUAUGUCUCCUGCAGAUGGAAGAUCAAAGUUCCAAAAGGACAGCGAGUGACUUUCGAGUUUCAAAAAGUCGAAGCUCAGAGUGUUGCUAAUAAUACAGAACGAUUUCUACAACGAACACUUCCAUACAGAAGUACUUUGACAACAAAAAUUUCAUUUUACAAUGAUCCUGAUAUGCUUUCAAAAAUUACCGAAGUGGAUAUUGAUAAUUUCAACUUUUCUGAGAGAAUUUUCUCCUCGGACAACUACAUGUAUGUGCGUAUAGAUCUUAAUCGCCGCAUGUCUUCAAUACGGACACUACAAGCACGAUACAGCUCCAGCGAUGAAUCUCCCUGUCCACCCGAUAUCAACGAACAGGCGUCUGGAUCUGUCGACACAAACCGAUUGUCUACAAACGUCAACUUCUUUUGCACAACUAGAUUCAUAUUGAGUGGAUUUGAAACAAUAACCUUUGAGAUCAAAGAGCUUGUGGUUUACCGAAAUAAUACAUUUAAUAACCCAUAUGCCAUUCGUUUCAGUGAUGAAAGUUUACUAAUGCCGUAUAAGACGGUAUUUAUGAAUGCAAUUGGUACAACGGUAUCCUUAUCUUCCAAGGGUGGCAUGCUUACAAUGCUACAAAAUGAUAAUGUUAAAAUUAAACGCUUUUCGGCAGAGUUCCAUCGCCAUUCGUGCGGAGGAAGUUUUUACUUAAUAGAAGCUUUCGAAAUAGUAUUUCCUCCCAAAAAUUUUGUUCAUGGCGGGGAUGAAAGUCAUAUCGAAUGUGCUUGGACGAUUAGAGGAGCUUCCGAAAGUCAACCUUAUAAGCUCUUUGGUAAUAUUAGCCUGAAUGAGGACUGUAGCAAGGAAUUUAUCGCCAUUCAUUCUGGUAUGACUCCGGAACUUCCACUUAUCUCAAAAAUUUGCAACAAUUCAACUGAGCUUAAUUCGGGAAUCGAUAUAAAAAAGCAUUUAACUACAAUUUUAUAUCACUCCAGCGAAAUAAGGCCAAGCUCGUCAUUCAAAAUAACGGCAGAAGCUUCCAUUGCUUGUGGAACUAAAAAGACGGUUUUUAUUAACUCUCCAGCGGUAAUAAUGGAUUCUAAGAUAUACAAAAGUAAUAUGGAAUGCAGUUGGGAAUUUGAAGCAAGCUCAGGAUUUUAUAUGUCUGUGGAGUUCCUGGGAAGAUUCUUUAUAGAGAAAUCCGCAAAUUGUUCAAAGGACUAUCUUGAAAUAUAUUCUUAUGAAGGUGCAGUUUGGCAACCAAAGGAACGCUUUUGUGGUCGAGAUGUUCCUAGUACGUACAACGCCACAUCACAGCGUAUAUUAAUUGUGUUCCGCACAGACAACGAGACGACGGGAGAUGGAUUCACGUUCCGAGUAUCAUCGUCCUGUACCGCCACUUUCAAUGUUACCAACCACCUGCAAUUAAUACGAUCUCCUGACAUAGACAUCACACAAUACUCUAGGUUUGGCUGCAUAUAUACCUUUGUAUCGAACUCAGAUAGUGCGAUAAGUUUACAAGUGAGGAAUAGUGUAUAUAGAGAUGGUUUUAGGCCUAUCUACAGGAAUAGAUUGUGUAUGUUGAGUUUCACAGCAUACAAGAAGGGAGAAGACGGAAACGAAAUCAGAGCUGGCGAAUACUGCGAAGGAGCAGAAUUAAUUGAGAAUAGGUAUUUGCGUUUAGUAUUUAACAGAGCUUACGAAGGUUUCCAAAUCGCGUACCAAUUGAAUUCAUGUGGCGGAAACAUCACCCAAUCCACAACUAUUCGUUCUUUAUCGGCUACAAACGGCAAUAGUGGCAAUGAUUUUGUAUAUGCUGACAACAUGAACUGCGUGUGGAAUAUCGUGGCACCACCGGACCAUUCUAUAUUAGUGCGAUUUAUAUAUUUCGACAUGGAAAAACAUGAUAAGUGCUUUUAUGAUUUCGUAGCCAUUUACUCAGGAUCUUCACCAAGGAACGAAAACGAACUCGUUAAGCUUUGUGGUAAUUUAAGUGCAGAUCCGCCGCUGGUUUUAGUCGAUGAUAACCAUGCCUUUAUUACGGCUGUGUCCGAUACUAGUUACGCGAAAAAGGGCUUCCAAGCUGACGUCGUCUUCGUGCGCAACUGUAAUGAACGCAUUGGAUUGACCAACGAAGACUCAAUUGCACAAACACUUGUAAUGGUUAGAAAUUACACAGUGAACCCAGCUGAAGAACUUCAUUGUCAAAUUCAUGUAACAGCUCCGGAGAGUUUUAGGGUCACAGUUCAAAUAAGAAAGCUGAAUAUUAAUCCAACCCAAUGUCUGGAUGAAUCAUGUGUGCAGUGUAAUUACUUGGAGGUUAUAGAACCUGCGGAAAAAGGUGAUACGUCCUUGUCCGUGGGGAAAUUUUGCAAAGAUAACGAUGGGAAUAGAAAGUUGAUAACUUCCAAUGAGCAUGCGUUAUUACAACUAAGUUUUCUAAAGCAGGGGAACUACACACUUGAAAUCGUUCUCGAAAUCAAAAAAUCUGUUUGUGGUGGACGAAAUGAGCUAGAACUUCUUCCAGAAAAGGUUCUAACAAUAAACUUUCCACCUGAUGGGCCAGAAUAUCCACCGAAUGUUCAUUGCAAAUGGCGAAUCAAAUCAGAAACCAAUUUUCAAAUCCACUUUGAAAACAUGCUCCUGCAAAAUCCAUCGGUCGAGACUGGUAAAUGCCUUGAUUUUCUACGGAUAAAUCAGGAUACGGUGACUGAAAGCUAUUGCGGAAACGUCACAGGAUUUACCAAGUCCUUGAGUAUAUUUCAAAGUCAUCAGAAUGCUUAUACAGAUUUAACUUUUCACAGCGAUGAUUCCGUCCAGGCAAAAGGUUUUAACAUAACCCUUUCGAGUCAACAACCUUGUAAUCGCACUUAUACGAAGCUUAGUGAGUUUAUAGAAUUUAAACCGACUAGAAAUUCGAGUCCAACGUGCUAUGAAGUUAUACAAAUACCUGAUGAAUACUCAAUCAACUUACAUAUUCUCUUGACCACAUCAAACUAUAUGCGGUGGAAUUGCUCGCACCCAAAUCUCCAGAUAAACGAUACUGUAACUAACACAAAUCUGAGGACGCAAUGCAUUUCAUAUUUCCACGAAGAUCGUCUUCACACAAACACAAGCGGAGUUAGAUUAUACGUCAGUCUUUUGGAAAGUUUCCAAAUGUUUUACUUUGCCAGUCGAAAGACUUUAGAACCGGGUUGCGGUGGUGAGAUAUUUACAGUUGAGGGUUCUAUUUCGAGCCCCUCUUAUGAACAUCGGAAUUUCUCUGAGUGUCGUUGGAAUAUUGCAGUGCCAGAACCGAAUCGCAUCGAAAUUGUUUUUACAAGAGGGUGA